UUUAAGUGCUUUUGUUGUAUAUAGAACACAGUGCCAGGCACAAUGGUCUUCCAGCGUAGCUGGAAAGAUAGCAGAAUUUCGCAAGAUUUAAGGUCUCCUCUGCUUAAGUUAGUUCAUGAUAUUAGAAAGCUGCCUCUGGUUUUAUGCGAUUUGCUUUGAACGCAAAGACAGUAUUACAUACAAAACGUGAAUUGAAAUAUUUUUAUUAACGACUAAGACUUUUCAUAUUACGUUAAAUAUGAGUGCUUUCUGGGUCAGCGAUGCCAGUUCAGUGGCAUAUUUGGACUUAAGUGUCCCUGAAUUUUGCCCUGGAAACAAACCUAAAAGACUGGUUUCAAUCCUGAAUUUGGGACCCGUAUCUAAACCUAUUGUGCCUAAUGGACCAUUCGUUCGAAUAUUCAGAACAACGGAGCGAAUGAAUGUCUUAAAGGCUGCCGAGUCAGCCACAGUCUUUCGCGAUUUUCGCAGGAAAAUACUAGAAACAUUUGCAGUGAAUGGCGAGAUGAUAACCGCAAGGUUUUAUUUAAAGCUUUUGAAGGCAUACAAUUAUGAUUAUGUGGAGGAAUCUUUAUAUCUUACUUCUACAGGUGGUGCAGCAGUCACUGACACUGUGAGUUCGCAGCCACUGCGAGAUAAAAUCCUGGAGCCUUUAAGAUUGGUAGCAAUUCGCGAAUUCGUAAAAGUUCUUUUCGACAAAGAUUAUCCAGAUUCCGAUGUUGUCUCUGACUUCUUUCAUAUGGUAUGCACCUCGUGGCAAGUCGCAGCAUACCUGUUCUUGGAAACUGAUCCCGCUGUAACGAAGUACAUUUUGCACCAUUUGCGAAAAGCAAACCGUUUCAUCACGACUGUUCAGACAAAAGAAUUCUUUCUUAAAAAAGAAAUACAAAAAUUGAUUCGAAGAAGGCCUGGAAAUGUGUUGGUGCUACUAAACUAUGGGUUCCAGAAUAUAUAUCAGCAGCCCAACUACUACAUACUUCUGAGCUUUAUUUCCGAAGAUCAUCUCUUAGAGAUGUCUCUGCAUUUAAGGCAAAUCCGUAAAGCACUCUUCCAGUCCAUCAUUUUAUCUUUGGUUCAUUGCAAGCAAAUAGGCAGAAGAGAAGCUUUCAUUUUCGAAAUAUUCUUUCUCUUCGUUUACUGGGACGAUGAGCAAUUUGCGUCUUAUUUCCAGAGUCUCUGCUACAUCUGGAGAUCUAUUCCAUAUCCCUGCAUAUCCUUCGCCGAAAUGAGACAUACCCUCCACAGAUUCAUAGACAUCGACAAUGACGAACUUGUGCAUGAUGUCUGUCAUGAAUUCCAGAAACGUGGUUUUGGUAACUUCCCUGCAAUGCCUGAAUUGAAGAAUUCAAUGCCUUGCUCAAAAGAGACGUUGGAAUAUAUUCUGAAUCGCAAUCCACAGCUUCUACAAGAUCCUGAGGACGGCCUUCUUCAGGAGAGUCUGGCGUUAAAUUCUUUCCGAUGUGCGGUCAAGGAUGCGUCGACUCAAAACUCACAGUUAAUAGAACCUGAGAGCGCUUUUGAUAAUGUUGCGCGCAUGAUCCAAGAUGCGGUCAGAUCUGCACUAUCUCAUUACUCACGACUGGCAGAAGAACAUGAGAACGCCUUUCCUCAGCUGAUGUUACCGAGAAACUAUACCCAGGACAUAGUUAGAGAUCUACUGACUCGCAAUUCGUGGUUGCCAGAUGAGGAUGGCAUUUUUCAACCAAGGAGUCUUUUGCACUACACUCGAUGCACAAUCAGAGAUGAGCUGAGUCGUAAUUCAGUACUGCCAAAAGGGCUUGAGCUUCUAGAUUUGCCGAGCCAACUAAAGUCGUACAUGAGAUUAGAAUUAUAGCCUCUAUAUUGGUAGAACAUUCUUUUUUCUACCCCUAAUUUCUAAUCUUGUAUAAAUAAAAAUUUG